AUGCUUUAUGGUAUACCAAUAGUUUCUUUGAUUAUCGAAUCGCAAGAAAGGCUUUGUUUGGCUCAAAUUUCCAACACUUUAUUAAAACAAUACAGUUAUAAUGAAAUUCACAACAGGAGAGUGGCUUUGGGUAUAACAUGCGUUCAAUGUACUCCCGUACAACUUGAAAUAUUAAGAAGAGCUGGUGCUAUGCCGGUUUCUUCUCGAAGAUGUGGUAGCAUGAUAACUCGAAGAGAAGCGGAACGAUUAUGUAAAUCUUUUUUGGGAGACAAUGCUCCUCCCAGAUUACCGGAUGAUUUUGCAUUUUCGGUCCAUCACGAAUGCGCUUGGGGAUGCAGGGGAGCAUUUUUACCCUCUCGCUACAAUUCAUCCCGAGCCAAAUGCAUAAAAUGUAUAUUUUGCGGAUUAUUUUUUUCUCCGAAUAAAUUUAUUUUUCAUUCUCAUCGAACCUCACCGAAUGCGACAUACGUUCAACCCGAUGCUGCAAAUUUCAAUUCUUGGAGGCGGCACAUGAAACUUAGCGGUUCGCCUCCCGAUGAUGUUGUUCACGCUUGGGAAGAUGUCAAAGCCAUGUUUAACGGGGGUACAAGAAAACGACUUUUGACUUCUUCUACCGGGGUUGGUAAAACGAAAUAA